GAGAGGGCGGGGUCCAUGCCAAGCGUGGAUCCGGAUUGGGGAAGGUUGGAGUGUCGAGGAUUCGGACAGCAUGGAUGGUUGGCGGGGCGGGUCUUGGACCAACCGUCAGUCAGUCAACUCUCCGCGGGGCCGCCGUCAUGUGAAGCCGGUUCCUCCGGCGUCCCCGAGCACCCUUUAACCGCGAAGAUUUCCUCCUUGGUUUAUCGGGAAUGUCUGCCGCUCCCUGACGUGGGGUCGUCGCCAGCGGAGGGAGGGGGAAAUAUGGCGGCGCUGAGGGUCAAGCUGCCGGGCUGCGGCUCGUCCGUCGAACCUGCCUUGCGGUUGCCUGCAGCGGAGGGCGAGCGGCAGCAGGCGGCCGGCGACAAACCCGCGCCCCCAGAAGCCAGGGAUUAUCAGCUGGAUGAUCUGGAGACGGUCGCCACUGUGGGCAGACACAAAUCGAAGAAACAACAAUACAACCCAUUUAAAAAGAACACUCACACAAUGAAGACUAAUUUUCUGAAGAUAAUGUUGGAGAGAAGCGAAAACAAUGAAGGGACUGGAACCUUUGGUCGAGUUCUGUUGGUCAAAGACAAAAAGACAAGAGAAUAUCGUGCUUUGAAAGUGAUGAGCAUUCCUGAUGUAAUUCGCCUUAAACAGGAACAACAUGUACACAAUGAAAAAAGCAUAUUAACAGAAAUUCAUCAUCCAUUUCUUAUAAAACUGUACUGGACACAUCAUGAUGAAUGCUUUUUAUAUAUGCUAAUGGAAUAUGUGCCUGGAGGUGAACUGUUUUCUUACUUGCGUAACAUGGGGCGUUUCAACAAUAGUACUGGACUUUUUUACUCUGCAGAGAUUGUGUGUGCAAUGGAGUAUCUACAUGCCAAAGAUAUUGUUUACAGAGAUUUAAAACCUGAGAAUAUUUUACUGGACAAAGAUGGUCAUAUAAAACUUACAGAUUUUGGAUUUGCAAAGAAACUUGUUGACCGAACUUGGACACUCUGUGGUACUCCAGAAUAUCUUGCACCAGAAGUCAUCCAGAGUAAAGGUCAUGGAAGAGCAGUGGACUGGUGGGCGUUAGGUGUGCUGAUGUUUGAAAUGCUUUCUGGUUAUCCCCCAUUUUUUGACGACAAUCCUUUUGGAAUUUAUCAGAAGAUUCUUGCUGGAAAAUUGGAAUUCCCAAAGCAUCUUGAUUUUUAUGUGAAAGAUCUUAUAAAAAAGCUUCUGGUUGUUGACCGGACAAGGCGAUUAGGGAAUAUGAAGAAUGGAGCAGAUGAUGUUAAGCGACACAGAUGGUUCAAAUAUGUAGACUGGGAAGCAGUGCCUCUACGAAAACUAAAGCCACCAAUAGUACCGAAGCUGUCUCAUGAUGGGGAUACCUCAAAUUUUGAAACCUACCCAGAAAAUGAAUGGAAAAAAAUUCCCCCUGUGCCUCCCAAGGAUCUGGAAAUUUUCAAAACAUUUUGAUUAAGACACUCUACAUGCUAAAAGGACUGAGUAAAAGUGUGACCAAGCUGAAUGCUCUUAGAAGAAGAAUCAGGCAUCAAAUUGCACAUUUGUUUCUCCAGUUUGCUUUUUUUCCCCCCAAUGUGGCCUCCUGUGCCUGGAGAUCCUGUACAAAUCAGUACACUGAAAGGUUCCAGAUGCAAUUGUGGUUCAACUUCAAUGUCAAUCAAUAUGAAGUGACUGGAAGGUGUAUUCAGAAGUCUGGAAGUCUAAACUGGAUUUUCUAACAUAGAAUAUAAUAUAGAUAAUGUAAAAAUAAAUCUGAAUUUUUAUAGUAAUUAUUAUUGCAUGUCCAGUAUGACACCCAUUUUUAAUUGAUUUUUUCAAUUGUCUCUUAGAAAAUGCAUUAUUAAAAAAAAGAUCCAAAUUCUUCAUUAUUGUAAAAUGCCUUGAUUUUUUAAAAAAGCACAAGUACUUCCUUACAAUGAUGUAUUUUUUAAAAAAGUGUUUAUAUAUAUGUCGGUGUAAAAAUCGGGGUCAUAUCAUUUUGUAAAUAUAGAUAUCCAAAAUGGAUGCUCUAUGCAAAUAUAAAUUGUGUUUUUUGUUUUAAAAUCAGGAUAUGUUUUUUAAGAAUAUAUGUAUAUAGAACUUGUUUAAAGGGGAUCAUUCUGAAUACCAGCAUCUUGCCAUUUUCUCAGUUUGCUGUCAUACAGCAAAAAAAAACGUUCUGGAGUUAUCAUUGGCUCCCAUCAGUUAUUGUAAGUUCUUUUCUCAUUCAGAAACAGAUGUGCAAAGUAAAUAAGAUACUGUUUUAUAUAUAGUUGCAUUGCAAUGGCAAAGAGGCUUAUUGCUACUUUUUUUCUAUCAGCAUUAAAUGGAAGGGUUGGGUGAGUGAAAGAUUUAAUUCUAAAACUUUUGAUUCAUUGAUCUUCAAGUUUUAUUAAAUAUUUUUCUUAAGUGUAUGUGACUUUAGAAUUUAAACACAGGAUAAACAAUGAGGUUGAAGUGAGCAUCAGAGCUUUGAAACUUGAGUAAGUUUUGGAGACCAUAAUUCACUAAACCUAGUUUACAAGCAAAGUAUUAAUUCACCAUUAUGGGGAUUUUUAAGUAAAUAGCAGUGACACUUAAAAAAAAUCGGAUGUUAUAUUUGCAUGGUCAUAAUGUUAGAAUGUAUUCAACAGCUUGUUUAAUUGAUGGAGUGAGAGAGAUUUAAUUCUAAAACUUUUGAUUCAUCUACAAUUUCUAUCAGAUUGUUUUAAGUGUAUAUGUCUUUAGAAUUUAAAUACAGGAUAAAUAAAGAAGUUGAAAUGAGCGUCAGAGCUUUCAAAUGAGUAAAUACUGGUGAGCAUAAUUCAUUAAGCUAAAUUUCAAGCAAAAUAUUAUUGCACCGUUGAGGAUUUUUAAAUUCUAAAAAUACUUUUAGAAUUCAAAGUACUUUAAAUACUAAAGCACCACUAAAAAGGUCAAGCAUUACAAUUGUGUUGACAAAGCGUUUGAAUGUAUUUAACAGCUCAAUUAAUUGAUUGAAAGGUACUCAGUAUGGCACUGAAUUGAGGACACAUCUGAUCUUUGUUGUUAGCCAUACCUCAAUAUUUUUCCUCUGCCCUCCAGUCCCUGAAUGAUCUAUAUAGCUUCACCUUUAUCAUCUCAAACAAUAAACCGCUUCCACUCCACCAGUGCCAGCCCUCUUUUUAAACAUGCUGAUCUAAUAAAAGUAUUUGCUUGAAUUAAUGUAUUUCUUUUGAUGGCCUAACACAACAAAAGAUUUUGUAGGUGGGCAGUACUUUCCAUGUGGCCAGCUCAGUUGGUACACCUAACCCGUGUUGCCUUAUCUUUUCUUAAGUACUUUCUGGAUGAGUUCACUGUGCACAAUUGGCUCCCUCAGGAUGAAGGGCCAUAAAUCCCUCUCCUUUGGGAAAAAAUGGCUUAUUGGCUGAAUUUUAUAUUUGUACUGCUAAGUGCAUUUUAUCCAACUGUUCUUUGUCAUUUGAAUUUGAUUAACUGUAUGCCAGACAAAUGAGAAAUGCUGACUACACAAGUACAGAAAGAACUUCAAGGUGAAAUUGUUAAUUUUUCAAAGGCAUUUUAUAUGAUGGACUGAACAUCACCAAUCCUAUUUUUGUUGUGUACUUUUCAGUGUUAGUUUACAGCUAACCUCCAUCUUCUUUGAACAGCUUUACUCAUUUAAUAUUGCCAGGAAGAUAUUGUUUCAUUUACCUUCUUUAAUGUAGAUUUCUGUUAGACUUGAGCUACAGGAUAAUGUAAAAAAGCUGUAAAGGAACAAUUCUACUUCUAACAGGAAUAUAUUGUAUUAUAGGUUUACAAAUUUCUACAUUUGCUCUGAUGAUUAUGACAGUUAAUUGUCACUUGCACAGCCUGAUUACCUACAAUCCUCAUCCUGUAAAGAAAAGCAGAAAUAAAAUUAAACUCUAGGAAACAGAGGGCUUGUUGAAGAAAGACUGGCGUUUGCCUUCUCCGAAUACAUUGAUCUUUCAGUUUAUAAACGGAUUGCCAUUCUGUACAGCUUAGUUUAUGCAAUAUGUUAUUUAAUGUGUUGUACAAAUGUUUAUUUUUGUUGGAAACCAUUUUUCACUAACAUGUUUGCACCAAAAUACCAAAAUUAAUGCGAAUCAAAUGAUGAAUAGUAAUUGUAUCAGGAUGUUAGCAAUACUUUAAUUUCUUUUGUUCAGUCAUAGGCUCUCCAUCAAUUCAGACACUUUAAGGCCUAAUGGUGAAGUAAAUGUGUGUUCUUGGAGGUUUGGUCUGCAUGUAUACAGCUGUGGUAAUAGAGAAGAGACUGUUGAUGUAUGUCUUAAUUUUGUUGGGAGCCAGGUGCAGCCAGUUAAUGUCUCUACUUAAGUUGAUUUCAGGAGGAUCAAAGAUGGAGCUUUUCAUAUAAAUGGGUUCUCUUUAUCUCCCAUUCAUGUAAACAAAAUCAGCCAACAGAGUUUUCGUAGCCUUUUAAUUUGUUUUCAAAAAAGAGGCAUUUCAUGUUGCAGUGUACACUUCUGUGCAACCAUUCAUGGGUCAUUCUGUUCAUAAAAUAUCUGAUACAUACCUGGGGGCUCAACUCCAAUAUCAGCAGCCUCAUAUACCAACUAAGUGUAGAGGAACUUAGCAGGCCCAGACAGCAUCAAUGGAGGGGAAUAAAUAGUCGAUGUUUCAUGCCAAGGUCCUUCACCCAAAACAUCAACUGUUUAUUCCCUUCCCACAAAUGCUGCCUGACCUUGUCCAAUAUCUGGUUUGUGAAAUACUCAUGGUUUCUCCUUGUGUGUGCUGGACAUUACUAUGUGGGCAAGCGAUUCUAGAAGUUAAAGUACAUGAGCAGAACUAGGCCACUUGGCCCCUCAAGCCUGCCCUGACAUUCAGUAGGAUCAUGGCUGAUCUGUGUUUGCCUCAACUCUUAUUGCACCAGUACCCUGGAGACCACAAUUCCUCCACCUUUCAAAUACUUAUCUUUCUCCACCUUAAAUAUAUCUAAUGAUCUGAUUUCCCCCUACCCCAAUUACCACCACCCUCAGAGAGAAGUUAUUUCUAUGCACCUCAGUUUUAAAUGAUUGCCCUAUUUUAUAACUAUUUUCCCUUAUUCAGGACUUUCCCACUAAGGAAAAAUGUCAACAUCUAUUGUCAUGUCCCCUUUGGAUCUUGGGUAUUUGAAUAAGGUCAUGCUCCGUUCUUCUAAACUUAAAGAUAAAGGUCCAAACCAUCUAACCUCCAUCCUAGAACAACCUCUCAUCCAGGAAUGAGCCUGGUGCAUCUCUGUCUGAUACCAGUAUAUCCUUCUAUUUAGGUGGGUUAGAAGACCAUAAGCUACUGAGAGAAUUGUCUUACAAAGGAAAGAAAGAACAUCAUUCUGGACCAUUUUAGUGGGUGGAAAUCAGUUGCUGGAUUUGUAAAGUUUCCAAUAUUAAAUCCUGAUUUGUAUGAUUGUUAUCAUUUAUGGGCCAUGUGAUUUUUACUAUGAAAACUCUGCAGACAGGCUUGGGUUCCAUCUGGGCAGAAAUCCAAACACUAGAAUCCUUCUGGGUUUAGCCCUUGCAGCUGCCAAUUCGAACCUGCUGUCAUCAGUCUAGCUAUAAGAACUUUUGGAACCUGUUAAGCUGCUGGGGUUAAGUGACUGGACUAUUCCAGCACAUUGUGUGAAUGUUAUUAACAAACUGCAUUGUCUUAAACUUCUGACAGAUGGUUCUUCUGGACCUGGUCCACAUUCUAGAAAUUGUGAUUUAGUCCCUUGUGAUUAGAGUUUAAUUAAAAAUACAAUUUCAGUUUCUCCUCAUCUUAGUUGUUUGAAAUUUGAAGUGUAGCUGCUAACAUAGAGCAUAGAAUUUGGCCCAUGAUCUGUGCCGACCUUUUAACCCACUCUAGGACAUCAAAAGCACAAAGCAUUAUGUGAUAAAUCCAUGUUUAUCCUCCUAAAUUAUCACUUCAGGCAACAAUCUGUAAAUCAAAUGUACCUAAAACAAUAAGGGAGUUUGCUGGAUGAACUUAAUGGGUCAAGCAGCAUAUCAUAAACUCCAGAGAUUCUGUAGAUGCUGAAAAUCCAGAGGAACUCAGCAGGUCAGGCAGCAUCUAUGGAGAGAAAUAAGCAGUCAAUGUUUCAGGCCAAGACUGAAGGGUUGUGCAGCAUCUCUGAAAGAUAAAGGGCUAUUGUUGCUUCAAGAUUCAAACCUGCAUCAGGCCAGAUGCUGCUCAACCCACUGAGUUUGUCCUGCAGAUUGUUAGUUGCUUCAGAUUCCUGCAUCUGGAAUAUCUUGUCCCCCAAGACAGAAACUAGUUACAGAGCUGCCUUCAGUGUGAGUUGAUUAUAAUUAGUCAAGUUUUAUUUUUAACCACUCUUAAGUGAACAUUUCUUUGUAAGUCAAGUUAUUCAGCAUUGUACAGUCAUUGAUGUAUUCUGCCAGUCACUGUAGUGCAGCAAAAACCUAGAUUUGCCUUCCUGGACUGUUACUUUUGCAGCAUUUAAUAAAGCGCUGAACUUUAA